AAAUUAAAACUAGUUUCAACUUUCAACUCUUUCAAGUAUGUGCAUCCCCAUCACCUAUUUAAAACAAGCAUGCAUGUGUUCUAGUUUCAACUCCAAGUACUACUAGAUCGAGAAAUAGUACAAAUUAAAGAGCUAACACUGAAAGUUGAAACAUACAAAAUAUAGAAAAGAAAUUAACAUGUCGGGGGCACAAGUGGAUCCUCAUGACAAGAUGAGGGCGAGGGAUUUGAGCAAAGUGGCAAGAGGUGAACAAGCUCCAAGACCUCCCCAUGAAUUUGGCACCGUUUCUCCACCUCCUCCUCCUUCAUCAACCAAUAAUACUCAUGACAUCAAGAACAACAACAACAAGGGGGAAAAUGCACGGACAGCUGAAAACGGUUCGGAAUCACCAUCCAAUAAUUAUCAAACACGACAUUGUUAUGUAAAAUAUGUGGAAUAUCAAAGGUGUAUUCAACAAAAGGGUGAAAAGGCAAACGAAUGUGAGAAAAUUGGCACACAUUUAAGGUCCAUGUGUCCAACUAAAUGGAUUUCAGAAUGGGAUCAAGAGAGAGAAGAGGGGAGGUUUCCUGAAAAAAUAUAGGUUAAAAAAAAAGACAUUGUAUAUUGACAACUUAUUGAAAAGACUUGCAUAUGUUUCAUCUUGAA